UCCUUUUCUUCUGACAGACAGACCAAAGACUGACCAUGAAUGCACGAACUACACUAGCUACAGUGGGACCGUGGUGUAAAUCCGCCUAAAUGUGAUGAAGUUACACAGUGACUAAGUCAGCCAUGAGCUCAAGCACACUGUCUGCUGUGAUAGAGAAGCUGAUUCGCAGCCUAUGUCUGAAUGACUUUCCCGGUGGAAAUGGCACAUGGAGAAACACCAAAGGGAGUGCGGAGCGAGCAGAGAUGGAGUCCACGGAUGCUCUCCUGGAUCUGCUGAGCUGCCCUCAUUCUCCAUGGCGCCAUGAUGCAAUGUGGAGCCCUCAAGCUUUGCCUCUCAGACAGCUGGCUGUGCUCACACCUGAACGCCUCCACGCCCCCUUCAUUUACAACUACUUCACUUCACUUCGUAUUGUUGACAGAGACGUAACAGCCAUUGACGGUGGCCUGUUGAAGUUCUCAAAGCUGGAGGAGCUGGUGCUGAGUGCUAACAAAAUCUCAGAAGUACCCACAGUACACCUUCCCGGCACUUUAAAGGCAAGUCCCAGUCCUGCUUCAGCUUGAAUUUGCAGCUCUUAACAGAUUAAGUGUAGACAGCAUUGUUAUCAUUUAAAUGUGAUUCAUGAUUCACCAAAAAAC